UCAAUUUAGGAGAAUGAAUCAUGUUCGAGAAUGUUGAAAUCCAACAUGGAUGAGUUCUGAUCAUCCAUAUUACAUUGAUUGAGUUGAUCACACGAGAGCAGAUCACUAUAUGACCUUGAGAGGAGACCAAUCCUUGUCAAGUACCUCCCAACACUAUCAAACAAUUUCCUGGAUAGUGUAGACCAUAUAAUACAUUCAAUAUCUACCAAUCUCAUUUUUGUUUUCAUGAAACCAGACGAGAGAAAGCGCCGCUUUAACGAAGCAAUUGUUAACACACUAUAUCCUCCAUCUCCACAGCAUGAACAAGACUCGGAACCAGAAGAAAACUUGAUCGAAUUGGAAUCUUACACCGGCGUUAUUUCAGAUGACUGUGAAAAUGCCUCAACAAGCGGCGAAGAAGAAGACGGUUCUGAGACGGAGAAACUCACUAGAGCUCAACGAAAGAGAAUCCGUAAGAAGAAGAUGAAAGAAGAGUCCAUCCUCCGUGGAAAUUUAAUCGGGCCGUUAAUGCCUCCAGCCCAAACAACACAGGCCGGGGAUAAUGAUCCUCCACCUGUUCGAUCAAAUGCCUCUACCAAAGGCGACAAGACUACCUCUGCUAACGCCAAGAAAAUGAAGCAGCGAAGGAUGGCGAAAAGGGUUGUCAAAGAAAAGCGAGAUGCCUCUCCAUUGGACAAUUGUAAUCAAGUUUCAAGUGAUGCUGUUGAUGAUGGUAUGAAAGAAGUUCGUACGUAAGCAUAUGUGUGUAGCUCUAGAGUCUCUGAACUGAAAAUAUACUAGCUUGUAGCAACAAUCACAAAAAAAGGAAUGUAAUUUAGAGUAUUGCUAUUGUGCAUGUGUUGUGAUCAUAUAUUUAAGCAUUAUAGAUGGGGUGACUUUACAAACUAAACCAUGACUGUGUUAUUGUUUGAUAGUAAUUAACUCUAAAUUCAGUGUUUGUGUUUGAUGAAA